AUGACCGACGCUUCCCCGCCCCGGGGCCCACCACCAAGGGGACCGCCGCCUGGACAACCACCGUCAGGUUACCCACAGUCUCGAGGUCCACCUCCCGGGUUUGCGCCGCCAAGAGGCCUUCCACCAGGAGCUCCACCGGGUCGAGGUCCGCCACCAGGAGCUCCGCCGGGUCGUGGACCACCGCCAGGAGCUCCACCGGGUAGAGGACCCCCUCCAGGAGCCCCGCCCGGUCGAGGGCCUUCCCCAGGACCGCCGCCAGGAGCUCCACCAGGCCGAGGACCGCCUCCAGGAGCUCCCCCGGGACCACCGCCAGGACGAGGACCUCCGCCUGGUGCUCCGCCUGGAGCAGUUCCAGCACGAGGCUUACCACCAGGAGCCCUACCAUCUUCAGUUCCUGCCCGAGGUCCGCCUCCGGGUGCUCCGCCGUCAGCUCGAGCUCCGCCACCAGGUGCACCGCCAGGAAUGCCGCCCGGUGCGAUGCCUGGAAUGCCACCAGGAAUGCCACCUCGAUCCAUUCCCGGUCGACCUCCACCGCCAGGAAUGCCGCCCGGUGCGAUGCCUGGAAUGCCGCCGGGAAUGCCACCUCGAGCCAUUCCCGGUAGAGCUCCACCGCCAGGUGCACCGCCGGGAAUGCCGCCUGGUGCGAUACCUGGCGGACCACCACGAGGCCCACCUCCAGGUUUCCGCGGCACGCCUCCAGGAAUGCCACCAGGUCAACCUCCAGCAAUGGCACGGGCGGGUCCUCCUCCUGGGAUGCCUCCGAGAGGGUUUCCACCCGGAAUGGCACCACCAGGACCACCAGGGAUGCCGCCAGGAAUGCCGCCUGGUCUGCCACCACGAGGACCGCCCGGGGCUCCACCUGGAAUGCCACCGCGUCCAGGAAUGCCACCGGGAAUGCCUCCUGGAAUGCAGACAGCUCCACCGACGAGACCACCACCGGGUUUCCCACCGACAUCUCGGGGUCCACCGGGAGCUCCAGGAAUGCCACCUCGAGCUCCGCCGGGGCCUCCGGGUGCAGCGGUAGCUCCACCGAACGAGGUCCCGACGGCUAUCGUUCCCGUGUCCGCGGAAGAUACUUCACCUGCUCCCCCUCGAGGCCCAACAGGAGCUCCACCUCCAGGUAUGAUGCCACGGGGGCUUCCUCCGCGUGGCUUACCUGGUGGUUUCCCACCUACCGCUGUUGCGCCUACGCCUCCUACAGGAGCUCUGGCAUCUCGCUUCGGCAAGCUCGCCAUUAAGGUGUUACGAGCGUUCGACCUGAAGAAGCUGGGCAUGAUGGACACGGCAGACCCGUACGUGAAGCUCACGAUCGGCACGCAGAACGUGCAGACAAAAGUUCAAGCAGGCGGCGGCAGGACGCCCGAAUUUAACGAGAACUUCGACUUUAACAUCGCAACGGAGAAGGAGCUUGUGAUCGAAGUUUGGGACCAAGAGAAGGGCGGGCAAGACAGGUUCAUGGCCCAGGCAAAGGUGGAGAUUGUGCCAUGGUUAUCCAAAGGUGGCUAUGAGGGUGACAUCGAACUGCGAGACCGCGAGGGUAGCCCUGCUGGAAAGCUGGCGAUUGUUGCCAAGUUCACGAAGCCCGAAGCUGGCGCCGCAGGCCCAGUCAAGGCACCACCCAUGGCGCCUCCGAUCCUCUCAGGUCCAGCUGUGGCCCCACUGCCUCCAGGAGCGAACGCCAUAUCCGUCCCUGGUGCAGCACCUUUGGCUCCGUCCGAACCACCUCGAGAUCCGAAUGGCAAGUUCACCGAUAAGGAAAUUUUGGAGGCGUUUCAAGCCUUUGAUCUCGAUCACAAUAAUUACGUGGGUGCUGCUGAGAUCCGCCACGUGCUAAUUAACAUCGGUGAGGCACCUACAGACGAAGAAGUGGACGAAAUGAUCAAGAUGGUAGAUAAGGAUGGCGACGGCCAGGUGAGCUUUGCCGAGUUCUACGCAAUGGUAACCAAAGGCAAGCAGCCUCCACCCGGACUGGGUGUCACUGCUGUCUCACCCGAGAAAGCAGCAACUCCGAGUGGAGCAGUUUCGGGCGCACAGGCUAUUCAGCUUCGCAACCAACGCAAGGUGGCACUGGAAGAGUUUGCGCGCGACAAUGGUAUCAAGCCUGAGAGCGUGAAGAAGGCGUACAAGAGGUUCCAAGCUACAGACAAGGAUGGAUCGGGACAGAUCGACUACUCCGAGUUCUGCGAGGUGCUGCAGGUGGAUCCAUCGCCACAGUGCGAGAAAGUGUUCCAGUUGUUCGACAAUGACAAGACAGGUCGGAUCGAUGUACGGGAGUUCAUGAUCGCGCUGUCGAAUUUCACCGGAGCUGAGAAGGAGGAAAAACUCAAAUUUGCGUUCCUCGUUUUCGAUGAAGAUGGUAACGGCGUAAUCACGCGACAGGAGCUCAUGAAGAUCCUCAAGGCAAACCACAUGGCCUCCAGUGAGGCGGAAGUCGCGCGCAAGGCGGAUACAAUUAUGUCCCAAGGCGAUAAGGACGGCGAUGGUGUGAUCUCGUUCGACGAGUUCUCCGUUGUGAGCAAGAAGUUCCCCAAUAUUUUAUUCCCAGCCUAUACGCUUGGCACAGCCAAGGAGUAA